CCAUACCUAUCUCACGGCACUGCAUUGACCUCCACCUUGCCACCGCACUGCACCACCCCACCCGUUUACGCUCUGCCCUGCCGCGCCUUCUUCACCCUUCGCUGCACCGCGCCGCCCCGCCCCGCACAGCGCUGGCCCAGCGCGGUGUUCAUCGCCGUUGUUUUGGCCGCCCGCAUUCGCCGUCGCCCGCACCCUCUUUCGCCGCCACCCCCGCCCCCGCUCUCUUCGCCGCUCUUGCCUUUCCUUCAUGCGCAUCGCGGCCGUCGGCGACCCGACCGCCGAAAGGGAGGUGGCAGUUUCAUGAAUUUUGGAGAAACACACGUGUUCACGCCUGCGGUCCCAGCAAGCGAAGUCAUCUGCACGGAUUCAGAAGGCAUGCAACCUUUAAUUUCUUCUACACAUUCUGUGUUCCACAAAGAUUCAGCAAGACCAGCAAUGUGUAAUGCACAUAUUGGAAAAGGAACCGUCGCCGCAAGAGUUCCUGAGACCGUGAACAGCACUAUUAUCCGCGUCUUAUCCGCGUCCUUCCCGUUUCCUAUCCUCUGCCCCGGCAUCCCGAAGGGCUGCGCUUUGGAGGAGGCGUCGUCACUGCGUCGCCGCGUGCUAUUGUCACCGCGACCCCUCCAGCGGUCAAAGAGACUGCGACUGCGGAGCCCCCGUGCAGCGCCGCUCGCCGCCGCACUGGGAGCCCACGCCCGCGACACCACGGCGCCCCGCUUUUCCGCCCCGCCCCGCCCCGCCCCGCCCCGCCGCGUCUCGCCCGCUAUCCGGCGUCCCCGCUCCCGGCCCCAGCGACGCAGUGUGAUCAAUGAACGGGCGAGCGCGGCGCCGGCGCCAGGCGUCGCGGCGCCCCGUCGGGCGUCGGGCGACAAAUAUACAAUUCGCUUGCGCCUUGCGGUGGGGCCGCUGCUGCUGCUGGACGGGCGAGUGAAGCGCCAGCAGCGUCAACGGCCUCCAGCAAGUCGAGCCCUUGUGCUGUCUCUGGGCGCCGACGUGCUGCCCGAAUACAAGCUGCAGUCCCCGCGCAUUCACAAGUGGACCAUCCUACACUACAGCCCCUUCAAGGCGGCGUGGGAUUGGAUCAUUUUGUUACUCGUCAUCUACACGGCGAUCUUCACGCCGUACGUCGCCGCCUUCCUCCUCAACGAGUCCGACUUCAACUUCAAGAAAACCAAGAAGUAUGCGGAGGACCCCAUCGUGGUCAUCGACCUUAUCGUGGAUGUCACAUUCAUCAUCGACAUCCUCAUCAAUUUCCGCACCACGUACGUCAACGCCAACGAUGAGGUGGUGUCGCACCCGGGCAAGAUCGCCGUGCACUACCUCAAGGGCUGGUUCGUCAUCGACCUGGAAGUUCCCCCAGCUCUGGCGCGGUGCCCUGCCGGCGCCGCCCUUCGGACCCGCCCGUCUCUCCCCCCGCUUCCCCCUCCCGCCGCUCUUUCCUUCCGUCGAUUCCCGCCGCUCGGCCGUCCUCCAUCCACCCCCGCGCCUGCGCCGCGCCCGCGUCUGCAGCACCGCCGCAGCGCCGCUUCUCCGUUGCAGUCCAAGUACAUCACGUCGCUCUACUUCACGUUCAGCAGCCUGACGUCGGUGGGCUUUGGCAACGUGGCGCCCAACACAGACGCGGAGAAGAUCUUCACCAUCUGCGUCAUGCUGGUGGGCUCCCUCAUGUACGCCAGCAUCUUCGGCAACGUGAGCGCCAUCAUCCAGCGCCUAUACUCGGGCACGGCGCGCUACCACACGCAGAUGCAGCGCGUGCGCGAGUUCAUCCGCUUCCACCAGAUCCCCAACCCCCUGCGGCAGCGCCUCGAGGAGUACUUCCAGCACGCGUGGACCUACACCAACGGCAUCGACAUGAACAGCGUGCUCAAGGGCUUCCCGGAGUGCCUGCAGGCCGACAUUUGCCUGCACCUCAACCGCAACCUGCUCACCAACUGCUCGGCCUUCGAGGGCGCCUCUCCCGGCUGCUUGCGGGCGCUGUCGCUCAAGUUCAAGACGACGCACGCACCGCCGGGCGACACGCUGGUGCACCGCGGCGACGUGCUCACCUGCCUCUACUUCAUCUCGCGCGGCUCCAUCGAGAUCCUCAAGGACGACAUCGUCAUGGCCAUCCUAGGCAAGGACGACAUCUUCGGCGAGAACCCGUGCCUGCACCCCACGUUGGGCAAGUCGUCGUGCAACGUGCGUGCCCUCACGUACUGUGAUCUUCACAAGAUUCACCGCGACGACCUGCUCGACGUGCUGGAGCUGUACCCGGAGUUCGCGCACAGCUUCUCCAGCAACCUGGAGAUCACGUUCAACAUGCGUGACGAGGAGCUGGCGGGCGUGGACCCGCGCGCGGCGCGCCACCGCCCGGGGCUGGCGUCGCGCUCCAGCUCGCAGGACCGCGAGUCGGACGUGCGCAAGUGUGCCUUCAUCCCGCCCCGGCGCCGGCCGCACCACGCGGCGCUCGCCAGCGCCGGCUCGCAGAGCAGGGACUCCUCCGACGACGGCUCCGAGUAUGAACGCGCGGGCCGCGGCAUCUUGGAGUUCAGCGCGGACAAGGCGUGUCGCGAUGCGUCGCCGCUGCACUUGGACUUCAGCGACGACCGGCCGCUCAAAACAGGAGGCUUCAGCUUCACCUCAGAGCGCUGGUCCGCAGGGCUGGGGAUGUCGACGCCGUACCUGGGGCGACGCUGCACGUCGGAGCUGCGGCACGUGACUUCGUCGCGCGUGCCGCCGCCGCUCGACGACGACGACCCGGCCGCCGCCGCCGUUCCGCCUGCUGUACGCGCACCACCAGCGGCGCGCGCGGCCGCGGCGGCAGCGGCGGCGGCCGCGGCGGCGGCGGCGGGCGGCAGCGCGACAGGGACGCGGCCGCCCGCCGCCGCCGCCGCCUCCCGCCGCCGCCUCCGCCGCCCCGCGCCGCCGCCGGCCCGCCCGCCUCCGCCAUCAGCCAGGCCACGGGCU